CGCGAGACUCGUGAGGACAAGAGGUAUGAAAUUCUAGAUCUGGCACUCAUUUUCUCCAAGAUUCUACGUGUCACCUCCUCACGUUUGUUCUUUGACGCGAGUGUCUGUCUUGAGCACACGCAUUUCAAUUCUCAAUUUACCCGGUACGAAUCGUUUCCUACCUCAACCGUUCUCCGCUGGCCAUUCGCACUUACAAUGCCACCUAAGCGCACCUUCAAACGCAAAGCUGCGACCCCAGCUGGUGACAACGACGGGACGUCGAGCAAGAAGCUGAAGCUCGAGAAUGUGAAACCCAGCAUGUCUAUUUCCCUGCGUGAACCGCAUCCGUUUUCCGUUCAAGCAGAGGACCAUGGCAUUGUGCUGCGCAAGUACUAUCCGCACGAGAUGAGCAAUGCGCGCGCGCUGGCCUACAACAAUAACCAGAUCCCGCGGCCCAUCGAGUCUCUUCUUGGCGCACUCGAGCACACAGCCGAAUCGCGGAACGGGAUUGACGUCAAAGAUGCCGUCGUUCACUGGUUCAAGAUGGAUCUGCGAACCCACGACAACCGCGCGCUGUCCCUGGCGAGCGAAAAGGCGAAAGACGCCGGCGUUCCACUCAUUGGGCUGUAUGUAGUCAGUCCCCAAGACUUUGAAGCUCAUUUGACAGCUCCUGUCCGUGUCGACUUUGUCAUGCGCACGCUGCAAGUCCUGAAACAUGACCUUGCGAAGCUCAACGUCCCACUGCAUGUCGAGACGGUGGAAAAACGCAAGGAGAUACCUAAGCGCAUUCUUGAGUUCCUGGAUGAGUGGGGCGCCAAUCACAUGUUCGCCAACAUGGAGUACGAGGUCGAUGAACUGCGGCGGGAAGCCAAGAUGGUGCACUUGUGCGCUGAGAGGGGCAUUGCCUUUGAAGUCGUGCAUGAUACUUGCGUCGUGCCCCCAGGCGCGUUGCAAAGCGGGAGUGGGAAGCAGUAUUCGGUCUAUUCUCCGUGGUUCCGAGCGUGGCUUGCGCAUAUCCACACGAAUCCAGACUUACUUACUCUCUUCAAGGCGCCACCCACGUUUUCGCCCGCGGCGAGGGCUAAGGUUGCUGUGCUCUUUGACUGCGAAAUGCCCCAGGUACCGGAGUCCAAGAGGCUCUCAGAAGAAGAUGCCCAGCGGCUGCAUGCUUUCUGGCCUGCAGGGGAACACGAAGCCAUGGACCGGUUGGAGAAGUUCUGCCAGGAGAAAAUUGGGAAAUACCAUCAGCGGCGCAAUGUUCCGUCAGAGGCAGGCACGUCAAGUCUUUCGGUGCAUCUUGCGACGGGGACAUUGAGUGCUAGGACCGCAGUACUAUAUGCGAGGAAUCGGAACAAGGUCAAGAAGCUGGACGCCGGCAUUGAAGGUGUACAGACUUGGAUUAGUGAGGUUGCCUGGCGGGACUUCUACAAGCAUGUGUUGGUCAACUGGCCAUAUGUGUGCAUGAACAAACCUUUCAAACCUGAAUACUCGAACAUCACCUGGUCCUACAAUGCGUCUCACUUCGCCGCCUGGAGCCAAGGCCGAACUGGCUUCCCCGUCAUCGACGCUGCCAUGCGCCAAAUGGCCCACAUGGGCUGGAUGCAUAACCGAUGCCGCAUGAUUGUCGCCUCGUUUCUGGCCAAAGACCUCCUAAUCGACUGGCGCAUGGGCGAGCGCUUCUUCAUGGAAAACCUGAUUGAUGGCGACUUCGCGAGCAACAAUGGCGGCUGGGGGUUCAGCGCCAGCGUCGGCGUGGAUCCGCAGCCGUACUUCCGCAUCUUCAAUCCGCUGCUGCAGAGCGAGAAGUUUGACCCCAACGGAGAGUAUAUCAAGAAAUGGAUACCGGAGCUCAAAGGGAUGACUAACAAGGAAGUUCACGACCCGUACGGGAGAGGGGCCGGGGCUAAGGCAAGGAAGGCGGGGUAUCCUGAAAGGAUAGUGGAGCACAAAGACGCGAGGGCGAGGGCGUUGGCCGUAUACAAGGAGGGACUGGAGAGAGACAAGACGUAAUGCCGGGGCUGCACUGGAGGUAAGGCUACCGAUUAAAGUUGUCCUGAGGAUUGUUAUGUAACAGGUAAUAAUCCAGCCAACUACCCUAGCGCAUACGAGAUCAUGGGCGGUUCCUCACACCGGCAGCGCUUUUGGCCGAAUCCCGCUUCCGGAGCCGAUGCCAUGCCCACACCGAUAAUGGUCGAUCUCUUAUCGGCAUUCCCAUGCUCAAUUAUUCAAUUG